AUGUCCCACCUCGAAUACAGCGUAUACCCCGGUACGGGCGAGGAGCACGCGCGCAGAUUCAACUAUUCGUCGGCUGUACGCAUCGGCGACCGCGUCGAACUCUCUGGCAUGGGCGGCUGGAACCCCGAAACAGGCGAGAUCUACAGGGAAAUCAACAAGCAGAUUGACCAGGCGUUCGAGGUCGUCCAGCUUGCGCUGACCACCGCGGGCAGCAAGGGGUGGGAGCAGGUCUACCGCAUCAAUUCGUACCACGUCCCACUCAACAACGAAGCCCUGGAAGCCAUGGUACGCAACAUGCGCAAGUGGAUGCCAAACCACAAGCCGCUGUGGACCUGUGUUGGCGUCUCCAGGCUCGGCCAGGACGACAUGCGUGUCGAGAUCGAGGUCGUUGCUCACGACCCAAAGUAA